UACCUUACAUCCCUCGCUCUCUCUCUCUCUUUGUUGGUUUGCAGUUGCACUGUCCUUCCCCUAAUCACUCUCUCCAACACGACCAACAAUGCCGCCCAAGUUCGAUCCCACCCAGGUCGUUGACGUUUACGUCCGAGUCACCGGCGGAGAAGUAGGUGCCGCCAGUUCCCUGGCCCCUAAGAUCGGUCCCCUCGGUCUCUCCCCUAAAAAAAUCGGUGAAGACAUCGCCAAGGAGACCGCCAAGGAUUGGAAGGGCCUCCGUGUCACUGUCAAGCUCACCGUCCAAAACCGUCAGGCCAAGGUUACCGUCGUUCCCUCCGCCGCCGCUUUAGUCAUCAAGGCACUCAAGGAGCCGGAGCGCGAUCGUAAGAAGACCAAGAACAUCAAGCACAAUGGCAAUAUCUCGCUUGAUGAUGUAAUCGAGAUUGCUAAGGUGAUGAGCCCUCGCUCCAUGGCUAAGGAUUUGGCUGGUACCGUGAAGGAGAUUCUCGGCACGUGUGUUUCUGUUGGGUGCACGGUGGAUGGCAAGGACCCAAAGGAUUUGCAGCAGGAGAUUACCGAUGGAGAUGUGGAAAUCCCCCAAGAUUGAGCUCAAGGUUAAGCUAGGAAUUUAGUUUCGAAUCAAAUUUCGUAUAAUUUUUGUUGUUUAUUGUGUUUUAAUUACCAACAGUUUUGAGGAGUAAACUGUUAUGAGCGAUUUUUUGAUGCAACGUGGGAACAUUAAGAUGAAAGAGAAAUGCUGUUAAUGGUUAGUGCUGUUACAUUAUAUUGUAGGUUGGAGAUGUUUAUCUUUUCAUAAAACUCUAGUUUUUUUUUUCAUGUGGUACUAGGUAUGGUUGCUUGUCUUCUGGUUUCUGAUUAGACAAUUUGUGCUUGAUGCGGAUUACA